GAGCCUCAAAAGUAGCGCACCCUCAUCAACCCCCGCAUCACUUCUCUGCUCUUCUCCAUCUUCCUCCCCAUCGCCCCCAUCGUCAGGCCUUCGCCGUGCAGCUAGCCAUGCAGCUGGAGCCAGCAGAGCAUGCAGCGGAGCGACUCACUUGUCUCACCAUCUCCACCCCUCCUCAUCCCCUCCCCCACCAUCUCCACCCCUCCUCAUCCCCUCCCCCACCAUCUCCAGCCAUGGAGCUUGAGGCGGCAGAGUGCUUCGCUUUCAACUCAACUCUCCCUAUCCACCUCACCUCCCCCCAUAUAUCCCCUCCAUCUCAACAGGCCUUCGCCCUGCAGCUACCCAUGGAGCUGGAGCCAGCAGAGCAUGCAGCGGAGCAACUCAUUGAACUCCCUCAACCAUACCCCAUCCAUCUCUCUCCUCCCCGUAUCCAUCUCAUCGUCUUACCAGGCCUUCGCCCUGCAGCUAGCCAUGGAAGCCCCAACAUCAAAGACCUGGUGCCAUCGGACGGGGCGGUGCUGCUGCAUGCGGGCAGGGCAUGGUGGGUGGGGGCGUGCCCAGCAGAGGACGACAUGAAGGAGAUCGCGCGCUGGCUGCGCCUCAAAGACACCCACCUGCUGCAACACACCGUCUUUGUCACCAACUCUCUGGAACAAGCUGGGCUGCCCUUCGCGUCUCGCCUCGCCCCGGCUGUCUGCGGGCUCGCUGCUGCCAUGGUGUCGAGCCGAGGAGACUUCCUCAUGUGGUUCCGAUCUGCUGUGUGUGGGCUGGCUGCUGCUAUCGUGUCAAGCCGAGGAGAUUUCCUCAUGUGGUUUCGGUCAGGCAUUGAGAGGAACAUUACUUGGGCGGGGCACAAGGACUCGCAUACAGUGAGAGAGGGCGCCACCAUGCAUCCCCGCAACUCGUUUGCGGCGUAUCUUGAAGUGGUGAAGCUGCAGAGCCAGCCCUGGACUGAUGCUGAGGUGGACGCCAUGCAAGGGCUGCGCCUCAUAGUGAAGGACUCACUGCCCCACCCUGAGCCGCAAGACCUGAAGCUGAAGAUCCAGGCUCAGCUGAACGCGGAGCGUCUGACCAUCCAGUCGCAGCUCAAAGAGGUCACACGUACACUAGAAAGCCAGCUAGAAUCCGCCCACACGCCCAUCAUCGGCAUCAGCAGCGACGGCACCGUCACCGAGUUCAACAGCAAGGCCGCCCACAUCACCCUCUUGCUUGCCUCCUCCACCCUGCCUUGUGCCCAGCUGAAUGCAGAGCGGCUCACCAUCCAGUCACAGCUCAAAGAGGUCGCCAAGACACUAGAAAACCAGCUCGAAUCCGCCCACACGCCCAUCAUCGGCAUCAGCAGCGACGGCACCGUUACCGAGUUCAACAGCAAGGCCGCCCACAUCACGCGGCGGGCCAAGAGCGAGGUUCUCGGGAGCAACUUCUUUGCGAGCGUGCUGGCUCCCGAGUCUCAUGCGCACUUUGUGGCUGCUAUGGAGGUGCUGGCGGAAGGGGAGGACGUCCAGCCGUUUGAUGUGGCUCUGCUGGCGCGGUCUGCUGAUUCUGUUGAUGCUGCCGCUGCUGCUGAUGCUGCCGCCGCUGCUGCUGCCGCCGCCGCCGCUGCUGCUGCUGCUGCUGCUGCUGCUGCUGCUGGUGGUAAUGGAGCAGGUGGAGCAGGAGGAGGGGCAGGAGGAGGAGGAGGAGGAGGAGGAGGAGGAGGAGGAGGAAGGGGAGGAGGGGUGGUGGGGGAGUUGGAUCGGUUGGUGCAUGUGUUGGUGAGCGCGUAUGGGCAGCACGACCGGCACGGGAACCUGAUGAGCGUGCGGCUGAUGGGUCAAGACAUCACCGCGCUUAAAGUGCUGGCUGGGGAGGUGAGUAGGGGUGGAUAUCACUCACACACACAGGGCCAUGGCAACCUGAUGAGCGUGCGGCUGAUGGGUCAACACAUCACCGCGCUUAAAGUGCUGGCUGGGGAGGUGAGUAAGGGGGGAGGCGAGGGGAUGAAGGGGGGAGCGGGAGGGGGAUGGGCAUGUGAUGUCGACUCACGAGUCACUGCGAGUCAUGGGGCAUCACGCCACCGCGCUCAAUGUGCUAAAGAGGUGACUUUUGAGUCGACUCACGAGUCACUGCGAGUCAUGGGGCAUCACGCCACCGCGCUCAAAGUGCUGGCAGGGGAGUACAAGAUGCCCGAAGCGGAGGCUCGGGCAGCUGUGGACCAAUCAGAUCUCUUGGUUUUCACGGUGGACGAGUGCGGGCGGGUGACCGAAUGGAAUGCUGCCAUGGAGCAGAUCAGCGGGCUGCCCCGAGAAAAAGUUGUGGGGAGGCGACUUGUGGGGGAGGUGCUUAGCAGCAAUCCCAUGCUGCUCAUUCCGGACCAGGUGAGAAACGGUGCUGCUGAUUCCGACCAGGAUAACUUGGUAAUGUUUGAGAUCGCCCUCUGUCAGGCUCUCAAUGGGAGGGACACGAGGAACCACGAGCUGCAGCUCAAGACGUGGGAUGGCCGCCCCAUGGACACUCUCCUGCACAUCAUCAGCAGGCGCUCCCCCACAGGCGAGCCGGUGGGAGCGACGUGCUUCAUGCAAGAUGUGGUAGAGAGGCGAGCAGCAGAGAAUGCAUCGGCUAUGAAGAUGGUGGCAGAGGCGGCCAGCCAGGCCAAGACCAUGCAGCUGGCGUGCUUGUGCCACGAGAUCCGCAACCCUCUGAACGGCAUCCUCUCAUCCAUCAGCUUCAUGGAGGGCACAGAGAUGUCAUCCGACCAGCGGGACCUGCUGCACGCCACCUCGGCGUGCGGGAAGUAUCUGCGGAGGGUCGUGGACAAUGUAUUGGAUCUGAGCAAGCUAGAGGAGGGCAAGCUGGAGGUGGAGAGUGAACCGUUUGAGCUCAUUCACGUGGUGGACGCCGUGAUUGCACAGGAGCAUGAGAAUGCGGGUGACAAGGGCUUACAAGUCUUCUGCUCAGUUGAACCUCAAUGCGCCGACGUGAUUGUAAAGGGCGACAAGCACCGCGUGCAGCAGAUUGUCGCAAACUUCUUCCGUAACGCAGUGGAGUACACCCAGCAAGGCUGGAUCGAGGUGCAGCUCUAUAAAGCAUCCGGCGAAGUGGCUUCUAAGGAGUAUGGAAGAGACGCGCUGGCCGGAAGGCUCGUGCCCGGCCAGCAGACUGGGCAGCGGACCGGGCAGGGCCGAAACGUUUCGGCUGACGGGGAGGAGAUUUUUUCGUUCGUCUUUUGUGUGGCGGAUUCAGGCCCGGGGUUGAGUGAGGAGCAGCGGCAGCAUGUGUUUUCGGGCAUGGAUCCUAGCUUGGCACCAGCCAUCUCCAGUGGUGCUUCUGACACUGAAUCGCGCAGCUCCUCUGCCCCAGCGGGAUCAGGCCUGGGGCUUAUCGUAAGUCAGAAGCUCGCCUCACUCAUGCACGGCACUCUCUCCUGCGACUCUACCCUCUCGCAAGGCUCCUCCUUCCGCCUCUCCCUCUCGCUCCCCUUCGCCGGCCGUUCCAAUCACGCCGACCCUGCUGACGCUGGCGCUGACAUGGCGGCGGGCCAUGCCAGCCUGGCGCCAGGUGGCAUGAUGAGCUGUUACUUGAGCAACCGGGUGAAAGGGGUGGUGUAUUCGUCGGUGGGGGUGUGGAGUAGUGCCGAGGAGAUAGCAGCUGCACCAGUUGUACCUCCCUCUCUCUCCAGAAGCCUCCCUGCUUCUCUGUCUACCCCAACUGGCACGGCUGCUGGUGCUGCUGCUGCAGGGAGGGUGCAGACUGGACCAGGCUUAUCUGGAGCAGGCUUAUCUGGAGGAGCACAUGUGACAGCUGGAAUGGCAGGCAUGACCCUUACUGGAGCACCCUCUCGUGGCGAGCCCCUCACUUUCUCCAUGCGCUCACUCCGCCUCGCCGUCCCCCAGGCCGCCGCCACCACCGCACCAGUGGUCGAGCUGGCAGCUGACGUGGCGGAGGCCACGUCAGCAGUGGAGGAGCUGCCGCUACAGUCAGCAGAGGACAUCAAGGCGGCGCGGAAGGAGGAGCAGCGGCGCAAGCGAUUGGUGCAGAAGAGGAAGCUGAGGAAGAAGGGCAGAUGGCCGCCCUCCAAGAUGAAGCAGCACCAGAAUGUGUAA